AUAGUAUGUAAGAGUGUCUUUUCGGUCACUUUCUCCACUUGUGCAAAAUUGCAAACCUUUUAAUAGUUUUUCCUCGUGAACUUAUCAAACCUUAUACACCCAUUAAGACACAGGUAUCAGCAUGCUGUAAUUGUUGCUGUUCCCCGAUACAUUCACUGGUGAGUUCUGAUGUGAGGCGAAGCUGUGUGACCCAACAGGAGUUCAGUCAAGAAUGAGGAAAGGCGUUCAAGUUGCGAAGUGAACGAGCCCACAAGGAAACACACAAGACUCGUGUCGAGUUGGCUCCGUUACUCUCCAGCCAUGGGAACUUUUUUACACCGUCUGGUGAUACUGUUUCUCCUUUUGUUGUCGGCAUCAAACGUUUUCGGUUCCAAUAUCUGCACGUCACAAGGAGUAUCCACUUGUCGACAAUGCUUGGCUGUCCACCAUAGCUGUGCAUGGUGCUUUCAGCAGGAGUACGGGAAGGGGGGAUCCAGCGCAUCCCGCUGCGACCUGAAGCAGAAUCUGCUGGAUGGAGGAUGCAACAUGACAGCUAUUGAGUUUCCCUCAAGCACUCUGGAAAUUCAGGAGGACAAAGCCCUCAGCAACAAGGCCUCCGGGGCUGCUAAUGAUGUCACUCAGAUAAAGCCUCAGAAACUCCAUAUGGUACUAAGACCAGGAGAUUCCAAGUAUUUCACUGUGUCAGUGAAACAGGUGGAGGAUUACCCAGUGGACCUCUACUAUCUGAUGGAUCUUUCAUAUUCAAUGGAGGAUGACUUGGAUCGCCUUCGCACCUUGGGUAAUGAGCUUGCUGUGACCAUGGGACGCACCACGAGCAACCUACACAUGGGGUUUGGAGCCUUUGUGGACAAGACCAUGUCCCCUUACAUGUACAUGUAUCCCCCAGAGGCAGUGCAGAACCCUUGCUAUGGAAUUGGUUUGAAAUGCCUGGCUCAGUUUGGGUUCAAGCACGUGCUGACAUUGACGGACAAGGUGGCUCGCUUCACUGAGGAGGUGGAGAAACAGCAGGUCUCCAGAAACAGAGAUGCCCCAGAGGGUGGAUUUGAUGCUGUCAUGCAGGCUGUGGUGUGCAAGGACAAGAUUGGCUGGCGUCCAGGUGCCUCACACCUUUUGGUAUUCACCACUGAUGCCAAAACUCACAUUGCUCUGGACGGACGUAUAGCUGGUAUUGUCCAGCCUAAUGACGGACAGUGUCACCUUGAUAGUGAAAAUGUUUACAACAAAACUACUGUGCUGGACUAUCCCUCCUUGGCACUAAUGACAGAGAAGAUGUCUGAAAACAACAUUAAUUUAAUUCUUGCUGUGACAAAUGUUGUGUUGGAUCUCUACAUGGGGUACAGUAAGCUCAUUCCAGGCACAACUGUGGGAGAGCUGUCCCAGGACUCUGGGAAUGUUAUUAAGCUCAUUGAGGAUGCUUAUGCGAAAAUCCGCUCUCAAGUGGAGCUAGAGGUACUGGGAGUCCCAGAAGAGUUGAGCCUCUCCUUCAAUGCCAGUUGCCUCAAUGAUGAGAUCAUCACUGGAGUCAAAACCUGCUCUGGCCUCAAGAUUGGAGACACCGUGUCAUUCAACGUGGAGGCUCAGUUGCGUGGCUGCCCCAAAGAGAAGAGCCGUACGUUUACCAUCAAACCUCGUGGCUUUAAGGAUUCCCUGGAGGUCACGGUGGACUUUGCCUGUGGCUGCGACUGUGAAGCAAAUUCCGAACCUGACAGCCCCCUCUGUAACAAUGGCAAUGGGACCUAUGAGUGUGGCGCGUGUCAGUGUCACCCGGGUCGUCUGGGCCCACGCUGCGAGUGCGCCGCGGGGGACUACAGUCCAUCUGAUGACGUCAACUGCAUUCAGAAUCCAGGGGGUCCAAUCUGCAGCGGGAGAGGCAACUGUUUCUGCGGACAGUGCUCCUGCCAUGCAAAUGAGUUUGGUCAGGUGUGGGGCCAAUACUGCCAAUGUGACGACUUCAACUGCUUGCGAUUCAAAGGGGCGCUGUGCUCCGAUCAUGGGAAGUGUAACUGUGGCAGAUGCCAGUGUGACGCUGGCUGGCAAGGAGAAAACUGCAACUGCUCCACGAUCACAGAAACCUGCGCAUCCAGCAACGGCCUGCAGUGCAGCGGCCGUGGUUACUGCCAGUGUGGGGUUUGUCAUUGCACUGAGCCUGGCGCCUACGGAGAUACCUGCGAGAAAUGCCCCACCUGCCCUGAUUCCUGCACCAUAAAAACGAAGUGUGUUGAGUGUCAACACUUUAAGAGAGGAUCACACAAUGAUGACAACAGCUGCGCUAGAGUCUGCAGAGAUGAAAUUCAAGAAGUGUCUGAACUGAUUUUCCAUCCUAAAAAUGCAGUAAAUUGCUCAUACAAAGAUGAGAAUGACUGCAUUGUGCACUUCCAAUAUUAUGAAGAUGAAAGUGGCAAAUCCAUUCUGUUUGUGGAAAAAGAGCCAGAGUGUCCUGAGGGUCCAGACAUCUUGGUGGUGCUCUUGGCGGUGGCUGGAGCGAUUCUGCUACUGGGCCUCAUUGGCCUGCUCAUCUGGAAGCUGCUGGUCACCAUCCACGACCGCAGAGAGUUCGCCAGGUUUGAGGAAGAACGAGCCAAAGCCAAAUGGGAUACGGCGAACAAUCCUUUGUACAAAGGAGCCACCUCCACUUUCACCAACGUAGCAUAUCGAGGCAAUUAACCAUUGAACGCAAUGAGGAAAAACUCAGGGGUCAACGACAGAGAUGGAAUGUAGCAGCAGGGAAACGGACGGGAGGAAGAUUUGACACUGUAGCUGAAAAGUACUUAAUGCUGUCAACAAAAUGGUGUAAGAAUUGUACAUAUUGUAAAAAUAAUUUUAAAGGUAUACUGUGCAGGAUUGCCAGUGUUUGAAAAAUGCUAGCCAGAAAAGUAGUGAAAGUAAAAGCCAACUCCAAAUUCACUCUCAUAUGGCGUUUUGCCUUGCUAUAUUUGUGUUUUUUUUCUGGCACUGUGUUUCUUGGAUGCCUGCUGCUUACAGACCUGGUCACUACCUUUUACAUGUACAGGCCCAUUAAUGUACCAAAUACAAAAAAUAAGAAAGGAAUAUACAGGCAGUGGGCAGAGUCUCUGUAGAAAAAUACACCACCACACACUUCUCGUGUGUCAUAAGUGACUGAGGGGGAUUACUUCUGUAUGAGUCUAUACUUUGUUUUUAGGAAAAAUCCUGCAUAGUGUAUCUUUAAUGUCAGCUAUUGGGCUUUCUGUUUUUUCAUUAUGUACGUGCAGUUAGAAAGGAAUUUUUUAACAUAAACAUCUACACUGUCUGUUUACAGUAAGGGGAGCUGCUGCUGAAAGUCUAUCCCUUUUGUGGUCUGUUUAGGAAGCUCUUCCAAUGCUGCAAUAUUUGUUGUUCAAGAUUUUUUAGUCUGACUUUUUUAGUUUUGCUCAUAUUUUCAAAAAGAAAUGGAACCAUUGUGACCUAAAGGUAAUAAUUUGCUAUAGAAAAAACAUUAAUGAUUGAACUUUUUAAAGUCCUCUUCAUUGUCUUCCACAAUUUUUUAUGUAUUAUUCACACCUAAGUUGCUUUUUUUUUUAAAAAUUGUAAUUUCUUCUUUCGGGGUUUGGUUUUACUCAGUUGAAGGGGCAAUUUCAAACAAAUAGCAAAGUUUGUCAGUACUUCAAGUAAAAUGUGUACUAUAGAAUUUUAAUAAAUUAUAAUUAAAACCCACAUGAAGGGUUUUCAUGUAUUUGACUAAUUCAGUGUGUUUCCAAGACAGACUUGUUGUAGUUAUGAUUUUGACAAGAAUACAGCACUCUGCAGGGCUUCCCUUGACUGCUUAAAGGGGUAAGUCCCCUUAAAGGGACUGUUCAGUCCAAAAUAAAAAAUACAUAUUCUUCCUCUUACCUAUAGUGUUCUUAAUCUAGAUUGUUUUGGUGUGAGUUGCAGAGUAUUUGCGAUAUCAGCAGAUAUCUUAAAUACUAGAUGGCACUCGGCUUGUGGUACUCAAAGCCCCCAAAAACAUAUUUGAAAAACUUACCGGCAAUGUCUCUUUAGAGAUCAUGACCUACUUGUUUAAAAUAAUCCACAGGCCUUGUUGUGAGCAGUUUCAUGUCGGAACUAUUUUCUGUCCACUGAACUACAUCCGCCAACCGCACAGAAGGAAGCAUGAAUCUACAGCUAGCUCACCUAGCACCCCUGAGCUAGGACGCCAUUAAUGUUUACAUUUUGCGUUGUCACAAGCCUCUCAUCCACGAGUAUAUGCAUGCUUCCUUCUGCACAGUAAUUUGGUAGGUAUGUGUGAUUUGGUAUAAAGAAAGUGGUUCUUACAUGAAACUGCUCACCAUGAGGUUUUGGGAUUAUCUUGAGUAACCAGGACAAGAGAGGACAGACACCUAUACGAAAGAUAUCUCCAACACUCGGAAACUCACACCAAAACAAUCUAGAUUGAUAAACAGCACUAGUGGUAAGAGAAAAAAUAUGGAUUUUGGGGUGAACUGUCCCUUUAACUUGAGCCUCUAGGCUGACUUUGUUUACCGUGAUGUUUGUGGAUUAUAUUGUUUUUGAAAUGUGUAUCAGCAGUGGUACCUUUAUUAACACUUUGACGUGGUCCUUUAUCUCUGCACCAUCACCUGUUUCUGUGUUUGUUGGUUUUUUUAUUGUUCAUUUUGUUUCCAAAAUGUCAUUGCUGAAUUGUAAAUAAUUUCCAUUUUCUACUGACCAGCACUAUGUUACUCUGAAAUUCCAUGUUGUUUGUGUAUAUGAGCAGAUUUUAAUGCACAUCAAAUGAUACUGGCCUUAAUGCCAUGUAAUGUUGAUAACAAACUAAGUCUUGCUGUUUUUUGACCUCCAGAAAUGAGUAUUUUGGUUGUACAGCUCUGAUCCUCUCUGAGGACUUUGCCUGUAAGCUAAUUGCAUAGUUUUUAUACUUUUUUUGUUUAGCACCAAUUUUAAAGAUGCUGGGUUUUUUUGUUUUAGUUUGUUACACAGAGGGAAUGCACAAAGAUUAAUUAUACCUGACUUUACCACUUC